AUGCAACAAGCUGUUCUUGGAGGCCAAUUUCAAACACCUUCAAAGUUAUUUCCCUUACUGAUGAAUUCGGGAGAGGAAUUUUCAAAUUAUGAUGAUGAGGAUUUCUAUCGGGAUGAUGCUAAGGAAACAACAUCAAGCUCGCGACCGGAUAUGACUUUACUGAAUUCUCUGAAGGAGUGGAUUAAUGUAUUGGUAGGAUUGGAUUUGGUGGAAAUUAAAACGCAAAAUCCAUUACAGAGUUUUUUGAAUUGUUUUAAGGACGGAGUAUUGCUGUGUAGAAUUGUUGAAAAGAUUAAAUUAAAACACAUAACUUUUAACAAACAUCCUGGAGGAAAGGAAGUUGUUGAGAGGGAAAAUUUUCAAACAUUCUUAAAGGUAAGUCACAAUCAGGCCUAA